UAGGCCCAAAACCACCGACGUGUGUAGUAGAUUUGAUUUUGAGGGCUUAAAACUCUCUAUUUGUGUGUGUGUGUGCCAGAUUCACUCACUCUCUUCCUCUUCUCCGCCGCCUCAAGACCUCAUCGGUCUCCGUCUUCUGUAUCUUCUUGAAAGAUUCUCUCAGUUGUUUCUGCCAGGGCAUAGAUAAGUCUGUGAAGUAGUAGCUGAUGAUGAUGAUGACUUCACUCGGUGGUGGUGGUGGAGGAGGAGGAGGAGGAGGUGGUGGUGUUGGACCUGUCGGUGGAGGAGGGAGAUUUAUGCCGUAUCCACCACCUCUUUCUAUGCCUCCGUCGGCUCCUCAGUCACCUAACUUCUCUGGUGGUCUCCGAUCACAACCUUCUUUCCUCGUUGAGCAGGAGAAGUAUCUUUCUGAGUUACUUGCAGAGCGUCAGAAACUUACGCCCUUCUUACCUGUUCUUCCACAUGUCUGCCGACUCAUGAACCAAGAAAUAUUGCGUGUAACCACGCUGUUGGAGAAUGCUAUAAGUCAGAGUAGGUUUGAUCACCCUAGCCCUCUCUCUUCUGGAGGGAUAUUCCAGAACUCAAGAGCUGACAUGAACGGAUGGCCCUCUCAAUUUCCAUCAGAAAGAUCUGUUUCAUCAUCUCCAGCACCAAAUUGGCUAAACUCUCCUGGUAGCUCCUCAGGUCUCAUCGUAAAACGAACAAUCAGGGUGGAUAUUCCAGUUGAUCAAUACCCAAACUACAAUUUUGUGGGUCGACUCUUGGGUCCUAGAGGAAACUCUCUCAAACGAGUUGAAGCUAGUACUGACUGCCGUGUUCUUAUAAGGGGGAGAGGCAGCAUUAAAGAUCCGGUUAAGGAGGAAAUGAUGAGAGGGAAGCCUGGUUAUGAGCACCUGAACGAACAACUCCACAUCUUAAUCGAGGCAGAGCUACCCAUUGAGUUAGUGGAUGCACGUCUCAUGCAAGCUCGUGAAAUCCUAGACGAUCUACUUACUCCUGUGGAGGAAACACAUGACUUCUACAAGAAACAACAGCUCAGGGAACUGGCUCUACUCAACGGUAGUCUUCGAGAAGAAGGAUCUCCAAUGUCUGGUUCCGUCUCUCCUUACAAUAGCCUCGGCAUGAAGAGAGCCAAGACAAGGGACUAAUGUUAACAAAAGUCAGUUUCCAUCUUUUCAAAGCUUGCCUCUUAUCACCUUUUCUCAAGAAGGUAAUAUAUGCACCGUUACAGCACAAGAAGAGGCUUUUGAAGGUUCUGUCUCCAUCCCCCUAUCCUACUACUCCAUACUCCUCUGGCUACCGGAACUCUCUCUUAUAUCCCUGGAAUAAUAAAAAAAAAAAACUCCCGUCCUAUAUGAAUGAGUCUGUGUCUCUCUACUUAUUUUGAGUUUUAGACGACAGAAGUACAGGCAGAGCAAGGGGUGUUAGUCUCUGUUUGUGCAUCUGUCUGUGUCUCUGUUAAUGUUGGCUUGCUUUUUGGUUUAGUGGAGACUACUAAUAAGCUUUUGUUGUUUAAAAGCAAGUUUUUUUUGUGGGGGUAAAACAUUAUGAUGUGUGUUUGGGUAAUGAAUUAUUCUGUUUGCAUUAAACAUAAAACAUAGUUUGUUACUA